AUGGCUUCCCAACUUAUGGCUUUUGUUCUCCGUGACUUGCAAGAGCCCAGCAACUCCACUGUGCCUCCAAAUUUCCCAACCAUCACCGAUGCAGAGGCACAAUACGGGUACAUGCCAUCGGAGGCCAUCGCCAUCCUCUUCAUCGCGCUCUUUGGUAUCAGCACGAUCCUACACGCGGGUCAAGCACUAUAUUUCCGCACCUGGUUCCUCCUGCCUACUGCCGCGUUGUGUGGUAUUGGUGAGAUCAUUGGCUGGGGCGGGAGACUGUGGAGCGCUAUAUCGCCCAACGCUGAUACGCCAUUCAAAAUGCAAAUCUCGGCGACCAUCAUCUCACCGACACCGCUCUUGGCUGCAAGCUUUAUCAUCUUUUCGCGUGUUAUACGGCAGCUAGGCCCUGGGUAUUCAUUACUCCCAGCACGUUGGUAUGCGUGGAUAUUCGUGACCUGUGACAUUGUCGCAUUGCUCGUUCAAGGUGUCGGAGGAGGGAUAGCUUCAGCAGCUGCGACUCUCGACGGCGCAAACCAAGGCGCAGACAUCAUGCUUGGUGGUAUUGCCUUCCAAUUCGCUGUCGUGAUUCUCUUUUCAAUCCUUGUCUGCGACUUCCUCCUGCGCUACCUGCGUGAUACCCCUUGGCGAGAAAGCCCGAAAUCGUCCUCCACCUCACUCCCAACGACUAUGCGCGGGCCACUUAUUCCCCGGACCAAAAUCAUCCUCUCCGCGCUCGCAUUUUCGACGGUGGUGCUCUUCAUCCGGUCCGUCUAUCGUUUGAUUGAGCUUGCGGGCGGCUGGGAGGGGCGCAUCAUCCACACGCAAGUCUACUUCAAUGUCCUGGACGGAGGCAUGAUUGUCCUCGCCAUCUUUACGUGGAACUUCGUCCACCCCGGGGUGUUCUUAGCGCCCCCGCAAGCUGUGCUACACUUCGAGGAAGUGAAGCGCACGCGCAGUCGAGAAACGGAUUCGCCAGCUAAUUUACAUCUUGCCUUUCCCCUCCAUGUCAGCCCACGCAAGUACAGGUCCCACCCGCAUUUGCACACAGGAGACCACUACCGACCCGACUAUGGCAUACUGGGACUAUCCGUAAACCGGAGCUCGCUCGUCAGGGCGCCGAAGGGACUGAUGACCUUGUUUUCGGACAGCUCAAAUGAGAUGCCGAUGAUUGACGACGACACGAUGUACCUGAGGUCGCCGCCAGUGGACGCUUUGGGGAGGAUAUAA